GCCUGGGCCGAGCCCGGACUCCGCCCCGCGGGUCCCGACGCCUCCCGCCGGCCCCAGGGCGCUCGCAGCCACUCUCCCCGCUCGCCGACCCGGCGCCGCAACAUGCGUCCCCGCUCGUGGGCACGGGCGCCCGCCGGCUGGCUCCUCGCCUUGGGCGCCCUGCUGGGCCCCGCCGCCCGCGCCUGGGAGCUCACCAUCCUGCACACCAACGACGUGCACAGCCGCCUGGAGCAGACCAGUCUGGACUCCAGCAAGUGCGUCAACGCCAGCCUGUGUGUGGGUGGCGUGGCGCGCCUCUUCACCAAGGUGCAGCAGAUCCGCAAAUCCGACCCGCACGUGCUGCUGCUGGACGCCGGCGACCAGUACCAGGGCACCAUCUGGUUCACCGUGUACAAGGGCAAUGAGGUGGCACACUUCAUGAACGCCCUCGGCUACGAUGCUAUGGCACUGGGAAACCAUGAAUUCGAUAAUGGCGUAGAAGGACUGAUUGAUCCACUCCUCAAAAAGGUCAAAUUUCCAAUUUUGAGUGCAAACAUUAAAGCAAAGGAACCACUAGCAUCUCAAAUAUCAGCACUUUAUUUGCCACAUAAAAUUGUUUCCGUUGGUGAUCAAGUUGUGGGAAUUGUUGGAUAUACUUCAAAAGAAACUCCUUUUCUCUCAAAUCCAGGACAGAAUUUAGUGUUUGAAGAUGAAGUCAGUGCAUUGCAAAUAGAAGUAGAUAAACUGAAAAUGCUAAACGUGAACAAAAUUAUUGCCCUUGGACACUCUGGUUUUGAAAUGGAUAAACUCAUCGCUCAGAAAGUGAAGGGUGUGGAUGUGGUGGUUGGAGGACAUUCCAACACCUUUCUUUACACAGGUACUCCACCUUCCAAGGAGGUGCCUGCUGGGAACUACCCGUUCAUCGUCACCUCCGAUGAUGGGCGGAAGGUGCCUGUGGUCCAGGCCUACGCGUUUGGCAAAUACCUAGGCUACCUGAAGGUGGAGUUUGAUGAGAAGGGAGAUGUCAUCACAACACAUGGAAACCCCAUUCUUCUCAACAGCAGCAUUCCCGAAGAUCCAACAAUAAAAGCAGACAUUAACAAAUGGAGGAUCAAAUUAGAUAAUUAUUCCACCCAGGAAUUGGGAAAAACAAUUGUCUACCUGGAUGGCUCCACUGAAUCCUGCCGCUUUAAAGAAUGUAACAUGGGCAACCUUAUUUGUGAUGCUAUGAUUAACAACAACCUUAGACACCCGGAUGAAGUCUCCUGGAACCACGUGUCCAUGUGCAUUUUAAAUGGAGGCGCCAUUCGGUCGCCCAUUGAUGAGCGGAACAAUGGCACAAUCACCUGGGAGAACCUGGCUGCAGUGUUGCCCUUUGGAGGCACCUAUGACCUGAUCCAACUAAAAGGCUCCACCCUGAAGAAGGCCUUCGAACACAGCGUGUACCGCUACGGCCAGUCCAGCGGAGAGUUCCUGCAGGUGGGCGGAAUUCAUGUGGUAUAUGAUCUCUCCCGCAGUCCUGGAGACAGGGUGGUCAGUUUAGAUGUUCUUUGUACGCAAUGUCGCGUGCCCAGAUAUGAGCCUCUCAAAGAGGAUGGCAUCUAUAAAGUCGUACUCCCAGACUUUCUUGCCAAUGGUGGAGAUGGAUUCCAGAUGCUAAGAGAUGACGCACUCAAACAUGACUCCGGUGACCAAGAUAUCAGUGUGGUUUCUGAAUACAUCUCAAAAAUGCAAGUAGUUUAUCCAGCAGUUGAAGGUCGGAUCAAAUUUUCUGCAGGAAGUCAUUGCCAUGGAAGCUUUUCUCUAGUAUUUCUUUCAUUUUGGGCAGUUGUCUUUAUUUUGUACCAAUAGUCAAAAGAAACUUCUACUUUAACAUCAACAUGUGGAACUGAAUUUUUCCUCAAGUGAUAUUUGAGCCCUCCUUUCAGGAACUGGCUUUGUGAUGGUACAGACCAUUCUCACAGGCUCCUAGAAGCUGACCUAAAUGGUUGUAAAUGACAACAUUGACAUCUCCUCUCAGGAUCAGCAAAUCAGUGAUUUGCUGGGAAAGAAAGGAAAUGAAAUGAAAAUGCGACCCUCUGAGAGGAAGGUCAACAACCUUUAGCUUACUUGUGAAAUUUUUAAAUAAAUGUUGUAAACUAUUUUAAACCACCCAAAUCAUUUUCCUCCUUUAUAGUCCUUCUAAUUUAUCAGCUACUUAAUGUUUAAGUAGAACCUUAUCAUUUACAGGGGAGUUUUAAGCACAUCUUCCUAUUUGGUGCUCCUUGCUUUGAUGGGCAGGACAGAUGUUACUUUCUCAUUUCAAAAACUAGAGAACUCAAGUUCAGAGAGAGUUGACUGGUUCAAAGCCAGAUAGCUAAAAGUGACAAAUGAUGCAUCAUUAUUCUGACCUUGAGUUCUGCACUCUUUUAACAAUAUCUACUUGCUGCAGAUUGGUACCUUAUGGCCUCCUCUCUUCAUAAUUAUCAGUGGCCCAAGCUCAUGGGUGGUAACUCUGCUCUGCUUCUGGUCUCCAUCUUUCCUUUUUUUUUU